UCUCCCUCCAUUAGUUUCGACGCAAAACGAUUGUGAAUUCUUAAUUUUGUUGUUUGAAGAGAGUGUGCUGCAAACAGGAAUUUGAUUUGAUUUGAUUUGAUUUGAGAGACUUCCAAUGGCGGAAGCACCGGAAGCGAUCCCUUCAAGCUCUCAAUCCUCUUCUACUCCCAAAUUGCAGGAUGGUGAUCUUAAGCAGACCCAGGUUCCAAAAUUUUCCGGUUUCCCCACUUUUCCAAAUGGUGAUGUGCAAAUGAUUCCAAUAAUGUAUCCCGCUCUAGUUCCUGGAUCAGCUCUUGCAGAAAAUCAAAAUCAUGGAGCUGGUAUUUAUGCAGUUCCUACUUUUCCAUCAGUAGGGGGCCCCAUUAUUGGAAUGUCAACUGGCAAUCUUAUUCCUUUGACUUACAGCACACCCACUAGAUCUGAUUCCAGCAAUAGAACAAGUCCUGAGGGUGGGGCAGCUGAGGAGAGCAGGCAGGUAGAAGGACAACAGCCGCAGCAACAGCAGCAACCUGCACCUCAAAGACAAGUCGUUGUUAGAAGGUUUCAAAUUGCCAUACAGAUUGAUUUGUUGCUCAUAUUGAAGCUCGCUGCUGUAAUUUUUCUUGUUCACCAAGAUGGUUCGAGACAAAGGCUUAUUGUUCUGGUGAUUUGUGCUUCACUGGUCUAUCUAUAUCAAACUGGAGCAUUGACACCAUUGAUACGAUGGCUUUCACAGGGUAUGCAAAGGGCAGCUGCACCUCCCCCGAGGCCAGCAGUUAGGGCAGAGAAUGCCCCAGUAGCUCCUCCAGCUGCAAGGCAAGAGGCUCCGAAUGUUGCUUUUGCAGAGGGACAACCGGGAGCAGAGAUUGAGAAUCAACCUGCAAAUGAAGGGAACCGAGCUGUUGAAAAUGAGAAUGUGGCAGAGCCUGGUGCUGGAAAUGGUGGUCUCAACUGGUGGGGAGUGGUGAAGGAAAUCCAGAUGAUAGUCUUUGGCUUCAUUACUUCCUUGCUUCCAGGCUUCCAUAACAUGGACUAGAACAUUAUUUUACCGAGAGCUCACGGGACCAAUUUGAAGCUGGAUACAAUUUUUUCUUUUUU